AUGGGUAACAUUAGCAGCGCAGAGGAUCGGACCGAAUUAGAUAGCCCAAUCAUUACGAAGCUCCAGGAACUGGAGGAACUUUUGCGCCGGGCUGGCGAUAUGGAGGCCGCCGGCUCAUUAAAAGCAAUUCUCUCAGCCAGGGAAUCAGUUGGGGACAUUCGUGAUAUACUAAUUCUUGAAGCACGGCGGCGUACGGCGCGAGUCGAGAACUCGAGGGAUUGGUUCAAGACUAGGUUCCGGUCUCGAGAGGGGAUAUUGCUAUCCGAUGCCCACGUUGAUCACCUUGCGGAGAUAACCCAGGCCUGGGAACUAAGUGAUUAUAAUAACCGCACCUUUGCCAACGAUGUUCGCACCUGGGCUGCAAACCCGGCUGAGUUUUGGGGAACCACAGCGACCUCUGCGAGCUUUGUCGAGCGGUGCUUGCUGGACAAACAGGCGGCGGAGAAGAUGAAGUUUAGUCCUAUCCAUCGCAGGGUCAUCCUGGUUCUCCUAGCAGAAUUGGUUGAAGAGGAAAUACACCGUACUCGAGAAGGAUCAAAGACCGGAAAUUCUGCCAAGCUUCGCUCCCAAGCCGCAUGGAACAUUAUUACUCGGGAGUACCCCAAUCUCCCUGAUGAAGAGCUCGAGAAGAAAAAGGAAAAGAUCACCCGUGCGGCUUGGUAUGGCAAGUCGUGGCUUCGGAUCCAGAACACGGAGGCUAUCCUGGCGUUGCCGUCGACUAAUGCUAAGAAGCUUGAGAAAGGGCGCCUAGAGGAUAUUGAGAUUGAAGCUAUAAAUGCGUAUGAGAGCACUCUCAAGCUUGGCGACCGGGUUGAGUUGAAGUGUGCCUAUGAGGCGAUCCGCAAUGAAUACAAGGCUCGGAACCGUGGCACUGCGACAGCUACUGAGCCGCCUCAGUCUCCACAAGUACCUCGAGGCCGGAAGAGGAACCAGGGAUUCCUGUCAAUUGAAUCGAAAAGGUGCCGGGGUGUCACUCAGCCCUUGCCCGGCAAACCGCAGCCUCCAAGGUUCUUUCCUGCUCUUCCACAGAUGUCGAGUCGAUCUUCCACGGAGUCUUCCACAAACACCUUAACUGGUAAGCUGGAACCGGAAUCAAACUAUGUCUUCAAUUCCGAUGGUAGCACUCAAACUGAGUUACCAAGCUCCCAAGAUGAUGUGAAUGUUCACCAAGAAAUCCUUGACAUUUUCUCGCAAAUACCAUUGGCGAUACCAUUUCUGCCCCGCGAAGAUUUGUCCCUUUACAGUUAA